UCCUAUGUAUUGGGAGGAUACCAAAUUUCCAAUUAUUCCCCAUGUCACACACACCCCACACACACAUCUCCCUCCCUAGACUCUCUUGGCAAUGGUUGGCCGCGAUCUCGAGGCGGUGCUCGCCGACCAGGCCGCCCCGUGGGUGCGGCGGGCGGGGACUGCGGUGUGCAUCGAGCUGCAGCUGCUCGUGCCGCUCGCGGCGCCCGCGGUGGUGGUGUACAUGCUCAUCAGCGUCAUGUCGAUCGCCACGCAGAUGUUCUGCGGCCACCUCGGCAACCGCGAGCUCGCCGCCUCCUCCCUCGGCAACAAUGGCAUCCAAGUCUUUGCAUAUGGCCUCAUGCUAGGAAUGGGCAGCGCAGUCGAGACACUCUGCGGUCAGGCGUACGGUGCGGAGAAGUACGAAAUGCUCGGCGUCUACCUCCAACGGUCGACCGUCCUGCUAAUGGCCACGGGUGUGCCACUCGCGGUGAUCUACGCAUUCUCCAAGCCAAUACUCAUCCUUUUAGGGCAAUCCUCGGAUAUCGCCGAGGCUGCUUCGGUCUUCGUCUACGGCCUCAUCCCGCAAAUUUUCGCCUAUGCCGCAAACUUCCCCAUCCAGAAGUUCCUACAAGCCCAAAGCAUUGUUGCACCAAGUGCUUACAUCUUAGCUGCAACUUUUGUUCUGCACCUGCUAGUGAGUUGGCUAGUGGUGUUCAAGCUAGGGUUAGGUCUAUUUGGGGCCUCUAUGGUGUUGAGCCUGAGUUGGGUUGUCCUAGUGGGGGCUCAAUUUGUGUACAUAGUCAAGAGCCCGCGGUGUCGGUUGACGUGGACCGGGUUUACGUGGCAGGCCUUCUCGGGCCUGCCCGAGUUCUUGAAGCUCUCGGUGGCGUCGGCGGUGAUGCUGUGCCUGGAGACAUGGUACUUCCAGAUCUUGAUCCUCAUGGCCGGAUUGCUCGAAAAUCCGCAGCUGGCGCUCGAUUCGCUUACGGUGUGCACCUCAAUUGUUGGCUGGGUAUUCAUGAUCUCUGUUGGAUUUAAUGCUGCUGCUAGUGUGCGCGUGGGCAACGAGCUCGGCGCUGGAAAUCCAAAGUCAGCUGCAUUUUCAGCUGCAACAGUUACAACCUUUUCUUCUAUCAUAUCAACCAUAUUGGCUGCAAUUGUACUUCUACUUCGCGAUAAAAUUAGCUAUAUCUUCACCGAGGGGGAGACGGUGGCGCACGCAGUCUCAGAUCUUUGCCCCUUGCUCGCGACCACUCUCGUCCUCAGCGGCAUACAACCAGUUUUAUCUGGUGUUGCUGUGGGUUGUGGAUGGCAAGCACUUGUGGCAUACAUUAAUGUUGGAUGUUAUUACUUUGUUGGCAUACCACUUGGUGCAAUUCUUGGUUUUGUGUGUGGAUUUGGGAUCAAGGGGUUGUGGUCUGGUAUGAUUGGAGGAACAGUAAUUCAAACUCUCAUUCUGCUUUGGAUCACUCUCAGGACUGAUUGGAACAAAGAGGUUGAGAAAGCCAUAAAAAGAUUGGAUAAGUGGGAGGACAAGAAGAGGCCUCUGCUAAGUGAUAAUGAGUAGAAAUUAACAGCAAUGUCACACAUAAAUUUGAUGACUUAUCAACUCUUUUUAAUGAUCUUAGUACAGUAAUGCUGUUCUCAGAAGUUAACAGUUGUAUAAAUACAUGCUGAAUAAAAUAAAAUGUAGGGAUUGUACCUUUAUUACUACCUUGAGAGAGCAUAACUAAGGACUUGUUUUCAGAUCCCCAAUCAAUGCCAAUGAAACCAUUGAGUUCAA